GGCCGUCCAUCUCCACGCCGACGGCCCCGCCCACACGGUUCCUUUUUUAAAUAGAUACACUCGCCCACGCCGUCCUUCUCCUCCCCCCCAUCGGAUACUCGGCCGCUCCAUUCGUACCAACCUCCCGCUCCCCCUUCGUCCGCUCCGAUCCAAGAGGCUUGAUCGAGAACUGCUGGUGGAGAUGGGUCAGAUCCAGUACUCCGAGAAGUACUUCGACGACACCUUCGAGUACAGGCACGUCGUCCUCCCGCCGGAAGUCGCCAAGCUCCUCCCCAAGAACCGCCUCCUCGCUGAGAACGAGUGGCGUGCGCUCGGCGUUCAGCAGAGCCGCGGGUGGGUGCACUACGCGGUCCACCGGCCGGAGCCGCACAUCAUGCUGUUCCGCCGCCCGCUCAACUACCAGCAGCAGCAGGAGGCUGCGGCGGCCGCCGCAGCUCAGAUGAUGCCCAAGUGAUCGCCCCCUGGCGAUGGUGGUGGCGACCAUGGGUUGGAACUUGCAAAACCCUAGUCCCUUUUCAUCUCUUAAAGGGCGGUUGCGAUACUGCUAGUUUAUGCUGGUUUGUCUGUCAGGAUCUAGCGAUGGUUGUGGUGUCCACUGCGUGUUUGUGGAAAUGCCUGGAAGGAAACUGCAUUGUGUUAGUCUGUGUUAUCAUGGGUACUCUUGGUUGCUAAGUGUUAUGUGAUGGUACUGUUAUUAGAUCUUCAUGUGAUGAUCUGCUUGUGUUUUAGUGUUUACACUAUCCUGCAUAUCUGGUGUAUGUUAAGGAGUGUUGAAUCUUAAGUUAGCAAAGAGCAAUGAAUAUAAAGCAAUUGUUGCAGAUGAA